AUGAAAACUCAAGCAAUCCUACUCUUGCACCUGAUUCUAAUUGCUUCAGCUUCAAAAACAGUUUUCCAAAGCGCAAUAGAGCUUAAAAAAAAUCCUGUCUUUCGUCCCAUAGCUGAUGAAGAAAUAUUUUCAGAUGAUCCACCAAGUAUUAUUUAUAUUAGAUUUUAUUCAGUUGAGUAGCAGAACUUCUGAGGUCAAUAACGAUAAUUUAUUCCAUAGAAAUAAAUUAGCGGUAGUAGGAAUUCUUUCAUUUAUUUCAGUUUUAGUGUGCUGCGGUUUAAUCCAAGUUGUGGCUCAUUUGAGUAAGCGAACAAAUAUAGAGUAUUUGACAAUGAAAGAUAACUAUAAGCAAUAUCAAGGAUUGUUGAAAUUCAAAGAAUUUUAUAAGAGCUAUUCGAAGGAAAAUUUUAGGAAAUAA